GACCUCUAUGACUUCUCAGUUCCUGGUCCUUUCAAUUCACUUCUCGUACACCGUGUGCCAUCUGCGUCACUAUACCCCGAGGAGAUGUUAGCGCAGUGGUCCCCCAGACCGCCCCAGCCGUCAUCCAUCCAUGCACACACAGAUGGCGACAAUAUCUGCACCAGGAGAGGUACAGAAAGCAGUUCCGUUUCUUCCCUGAUUGAAUAUGAUGAUUGGCUCUCUGAUCAGUCUUGUCAUCGUCCUCCAAGUCUACUUCCACCAGCACCACAACUAAAUCGGACCCCCUCAGACACUGUUAAGGUUGAGUGCCGAUUAUCAUCUCCAGAGCCACCGCCCGGGUGUCGCGAAAGGAACACAGACUCGACACCAACAACGAAGCGAGAGCUGCAGCAUCAAUUGACUGCACAGCUUGGAGGAGUCUCUCUAGAACAGCAGACGCUAUCGACCCCCCCAAUAAGUCCAGUCACGCCGGUUCCAUCUCUGACGAACUCACACCGUUCUGAUUCAUCCUUUGCUAUAUCUCAAAGCUCUCCUUGCACAGCUGUCGGCUCUUCCGAGGAUUACUUUGAAAGUUUCCUGGUGGAUAAUUCUCACGGUGUCAUCGCACUUCACAAGAGGACGGGCGAGGCAAACACCGGUUCUGGCAUUCGUAGCAUCACCUCACCGCUACCUAAUUCUCUUCUAUACCAAAACACCCAGCUCGGUCAGGUGCCCCGGGCCGCAAAUCUCUUGAGUGGUUCCAAAUUUGUCGCACCCCAACCUUUGCCAAAUCCCGAUUUUGGUGCUACAGCGAUACAUUUACCUCAAGGUUCCCAGGAACAUCACGAAGUCUCCUAUAUCGACUGGGAUGAUGACGACAGUUCUAGACACCAUAAUUCACCACUCACGCGCAUUAAAAAAAGCUUUACGGAUCUUCGUGCCGCCGAACGCUUCAUCUCGGAGGCCAACAUACGCAAGAAAGAGAAUUUGACUCCACAAAAA